AUGAAAACCUUUGUAGACAACGUAUGCCGACAAGUAAUUGAAAGACACGUCCUCAGCCCUCUGGCGAGUAUAUUUGACCCGACUGUUGUCAGCGGUUACUCGGAUGAGGAUCUGCUGCACUUGGCUGCAGAGUCGCCGCAGACUAGUCGUUGUCGUGUCGAGGCUAUCCAGGUGCAGAAGAACUUGAAGCAGGCCCUCCAGGAGCUUUCACUGUGA